CCUGGGAAACACUAACAACUGUAAGAAAGUCAGCGAGUCCUCCUGUUGUUCAACCAGAGGACUUCAAAGAAGAACUACUCCGCCGACCAUUUAGUUCUCUUUAAAAUACAAUUCUUACAUAAAAAAAAUAAAUUUAUUUAAAAUAAGGACACUUUGACGCAGCUCCAAACACAGCGGGCUACUUUGGGAGGAUUAUUAUGCGUUCAAAAGCUACUGCCUUUUCACACUGAGCUUCAACUGCUUGAGUUUCCAGGGACAUGAAAGUCAAUCCACAGCAAGCUCCAUUAUAUGGUCAUUGUGUUGUCACGGUGCAGCUCACUAAUGAAGAGCUGGCAGCAGAUGAUGAGGGUGUGGACUACUUCCUGCUGUUUGCUGGCAGCACUCAGAGGCACCUGACCAGCACCCUAAGGAGCAGUCAUGACACCUUGCAGGCGCUGUGUCCCGCCCAUGACUGCUGUGAGGUGGUGUUGGUCACCUUGUGUUCUUUCACACAAGACAUCUUGGACGCCUCAGAAGACCCGAAGUCUCGUCCAGGUCGCGUGGCUCCAUUGGCGGAGCAUCGAUUCCGCUUUGUCCAGGAUUUGGCUUUUGACAUGGCCCAGUUCCUGGUGAGCACAGUGGGGCGGGUUGACGGCCUCGAUGGGGUACUGCUACUGGACGAGUGUCAGAUUCCCCUGCAAGAGUGUGAACGUCUGGAUGAGAGCCUGGCGCUGGCCCUCCACCACAUUGUGCUACCUCCAGGAUGGAGUUUACUGGGGAGCAAGCGGGCCAACAGCACAGACCCGAGUCCUCAGGAGACUCUGCUGCAUUUCUCGGUACGUCGUGGCCUCUCUCGGGUUACCCGUUUCUUGCUGCGGCAAACUGGAGCCAGAGAAGCCCUUCGAUUGGCCAACAGAGAGGGCCACACCCCAUCGGCUAUUGCGGCUUCACGAGGACUUGAGGGUCUUCACGAGCUUCUCACAAAGGCUGAGACGGAUGCAGAGACAGACAAGGAGGCUGAGACAGCCCAGCUGGCCUCUACAGAUGCUUGGGUUUCUUGCCACUUCCCCACACUGAACACACACACUCUGACGGUGAAAAUCCACCCCGGCUGUGACCCACCAACCAUUCAGAAGAGUGUGGAGCAUCUGAUACAUCUAAUAUGCCAUCUUCACGCCAAGGGAGUUUCUGUGCUGGAGCUGCAGUUAAAUUCUCUUCACACUGCUGCUGAAUGUUUUGACGGUGUGGAAACAGACUUAACCUGUCAGGGGCAACUCCAGCCGGAGUCAGAAUGCCUGGAUGCAGCAGCUGAAGGUAGCGGGAGAGAGAACUGUACACCGGAAAGUGGCAACGCUGUCAACUGUGGACACGAUGAGAUUGGGAAUGUGGAUAAAGACUUGAGUUCGCCUUUGAGUGCUCCAACUUCAGAAAAAUGCCCUCGGGAGCAUGGCCUCGGCCCCCCAGAGGACAGGGUGUGUCUCAGUUCAAACUCUGAGGGAGAGCUCUGCCAGGCGGAGCAGGAGGAGGAGGAGUGGAGAGAGCAGUGUGUUGGUUCCAGUCAGAGUUUGAGUUUGUGUGACGGGAGCGAAGGAGCAAAGGGUGAGGCUGAAAGGGAAAGUGCCACUGUGGGAAUCCUACCAGCAGCAAGCUGUGGUAAACAGGCAGAGGAAGCUGAUACGGGAAAGGCUGCUGUCCGGGAAGAACUGGGAGAGGAACAGUCUGAGCAGGAAGCAGAGGAUAGCACGGCCAGGACGAGGGAGGAGGAGACCGGCUCAAAGUCAACAGAUCUAAUAGCAGGCGGUAGAGACGCAAACACUUCAGUCAUGGGUCAGGUUCCAUCUUCAGAGUGCUCCGAGGUUUCAGACGCUUCUGAAUCUGAAACGAAGGAGUGUUAUCAGCACGAAGAGACUGUCGAUGAAGAAGUAACAAAACUCAUCCAGGAGCUCUGUGAUAGACUCUCUCUAGAAGAAGAGGAGGGAGAGAGGGAAGAGUUAAUAGACCCUGUAUCAACCCCAAGAGACCUUCCCAACCCAUCGCUUGUAGACUGUGGUGGCGUAAUCGAGGAGCCUCAAUCUGCUGUUCCAUGUGUCUUGAUAGAAGGCCUCCAUCAGGGGGAACCUCCGCCAGACAUAAACAGCCAAGAACAAAACCAGGAAACAGCUGGUGGGGAUUAUGCAGUGCAACAGCAGCAGGGCUUGGCUCCAGAAACCGGUUGUCAUUCUGGGAAUUGUUCUGGAGCAGUGAGCAGUAAAGAGCUAGACAGUGAAAACGAAGCUGAACCCUCUGGUAUCGAAAACCCAGGUUUUCCAUUAGGUGAGCCUGAAAACAAAGCUUUUCAGACUGCUGGCAACUACAUGCAGGAAACACGGAACAAUCUGUUAAACUCCGAGCUAUCAUCUGAAAACAUGCCGACAAAGAGAAAGGCUGACCGUGAUUCAGGCACAGCUCACGGCCUCUCCAGCGAUGAUGAAGACAGUUUCCGAUCAUUUGGAAGCUCUUCAACUGAAGUAUUUCAUCCCACUCAGGAUUAUGGUUCAGUGGAGGAUCAGGACUUGCUUCAAAUCAAUGUAGGAGACCUGUGCUUAGCAGGAAGCAAGACUGAGGACCCAAAUUAUGUAGAAUCAAAUGAAAGCAAUAAACACUUAUUAGGUGUAGACGAGAGGCUUCUCUUGGAGCCUGGUGCUAUCGGCAGCCUGGAUGGCAGUGAGCCUGAAACACAGCUGUCAGACAACAACCGAGCAGCGGAGACUUUUAAUCCAGAGAACAAGGAGAAACUGACCCCAGAGCUAUCCAAGGAGGAUUUAUCGGUGAGCAAGGACACUAAGGUUCAUGAAGGAGAAAAUGGAGAAACCAACAGCUGUGACCUAAAUGUAGGGAUUGAGUAUUCUUCAUCAACGUUGUCUCCUAUGGUCCAGUCUGAACCAGAUUCAUCUGUCAGAGAUGAAAGCACAGUCAUUCUUCCAGUUGAAAAAGAUGAUCCACAAACAGGGACCGGUGAGAAAUCUGUGGAAGUGGCAGCAGGGGAGUGUGGAAAUGUGCAAUUUGUGUCUGAGCAACCCAAACAACAUGCCUCAGAUGAGGCAGCAGAUGAGUCGUCUGCUGAGAAACACCUCGCUGUCUCCUCAUCAGAGGUUGCAGAUUUAAGUUCUUUGGAAGUAGACGCACCUGCUACCAACAGUGAAGCAUUCACAGAACCUCCCAGUGAGGAUCAGAUGGCUGAAACCCCAAAGACUCAUGACACCGUUGAUGGAGCCUCAGAGAGCAGCAGUGCAACUCAAGAGUUGGAUGUCAACAAGUCUGAAGACACUGUAAGUGAAGCAGGGGAGGAGGAAAGUGGUCCAGCAGAGGGAACAGACUCCUCCACGAUCCACCGAGACAGAGAGGCGUCGCUCCAUCAGCCCUGCAACACUCAACACUCAGGAUCCUCACCAUCUUCAGCGUUUCCCAGUUUGUCCAGCAGAACCAGCAGCACCACCAGCUGUCCCUCCUCCGCUCACAGAGACUCUGGCAGCGACAUUGAAAGCCUGCUGAGCACAGAGCCGGGAUAUGACAGCAUCUUCAGAAAGAAUGAUGAAGCAGUGACAGGAGGAGACAGCACCAGCGAGGUUUCAGUCUCCUGCUCCUCUACGGACGACACCGCCAGCGUCGACCCGUCCAGCUCCAGCCCGGAGGGCAGCCAGGGGCUGGGCUGCAAUUGGAGCCCGGAGGAGGGCAUCCAGACUGGCGCUGCUAACGCUGCAGGCCUGAACAGCGGUGGUAGUGGAGGAGGAGGAGACGUUGAAGAAGAGGCAAAAGACAGAGUAACUGAAGUGCCAAGACGUUCCUCUCUCUUCCGGAGCAGCAAUCGUUCCCUGUCACCUCUUCGCCGCCACAGCUGGGGUCCAGGAAAGAACAACGGAGGAGAGACUGAAAUGAACCAGAGGAGUUCCAUUCGUAGUCCUGGUGAGGGGAAGCCGGCCUUUCACAGGAGAAGUAUCAGCUGGUGUCCUCCUGAGGCUCCCCACAGCACCAUUGAGGAUGUAGUUAGUUUUCGCAGCUACAGCCUGGAGGGGCUUAGUGGGGGCCGAGAGGAGCUGAGGGGCUCCAUCGCCCAAGGGCCCCGUAUCUUGGAGCCUUUCAGGAUGCCCCGUCAGGACAGCGAUGACAGGGGCUCCCUGGUUUCUCUGACCGAGGAGCAGGAGGAGCGAGAGGAGCAUACCAGACUGCAUAACCCAAAAUUAAGGCGGUAUCGGCCUCUGAGAAACAGCUGCCAAUCCAUGAGCCUGCCCCUCACCAAGUCUGUGUCCAUGCUCACCAUCAGCCAUAAAGACAUCGAUGGUACAAGGUCGUUUUCCAGUACCUCGGGGUCACUAGCAUACAGUAUAUCGGAAGAGGAGCCUGGGCCUCUGCGGAGCGACACAGAGGGAAAGAGCGGGACAAAAGUCAGCCGGACCUUCAGCUACCUCAAGAACAAGAUGUACAAAAAGACAAGGGAAAAGGAUCGAGAGAAAAAGGAGAAAGACAAGGAGGGCAAGGAGAAGGACAAGAAGACAGUGAAUGGCCAUCUUUUUACAGCGGUCGGCUCCGGCCAGGCUGGCCAGUGCUCCCAGUGCAAUAAGGCUUUUAUUAGCAAGGAGGCUCUGUUUUGCACAUACUGUAACGCUUCCGUCCACAAGGGCUGCAGAGACAGCCUGCCUGUCUGUGCCAAGGUGAAGAUGAAGUUACCCAAACAACAGGUUGCAGUACCAGACUCAAGCUCUUUCCCUACAGUCACAAUGAGGAACAAAUCCGGUGGGACGAGGGAACGUCCCUGGUCGGCCAUCUUGUCCCCUGAAGACCAUUCUUCCUUGAUGGUCUCAUCGUCACGGAGACACACCAGCAUCAUGGCUUUCCAUGGAAACAACCUCUCAAAGAGCCUCUCAAUAAGCAACAUUGCUGGUCCAGUGUUGGAUGAGAUGCCCAUUAAAGGCCUGCGGUAUCUCUCUCAAUCCACUGACUCGCUCAACAGAACCAACCAGGUUACAGAAUCCAUGGAGUCGCUCACAGAUGAAGGAACAGAGAUGAUGGAUGGGCAGCUGAUGGGGGAGUUUGAGGCGGAGGCCAAAGACCUGGAGGCAGACUCGUGGAGUUUGGGUGUGGAGCAGCAGUACCUGCAGCAGCUGGACAAAGAGCUGGUGAAGAGACAAGACGUCAUCUACGAGCUCAUGCAGACGGAGAUGCAUCACAUCCGGACGUUGCGCAUCAUGUCAGAAGUGUACAGCAAAGGUCUUCAAAAGGAGGUGCAGCUGGAGCUGCAGACAGUUGAGAAGCUUUUUCCAGCACUAGAUGAACUCCUGGAGCUCCACUCACAGCACCUCCUGCGCCUCCUGGAGCGGAAGAAGGAGAGCCACCUGGAGGAGGGUAGCUUCAUCAUCAGCAGGAUAGGAGACAUCCUGGUCAGCCAGUUCUCUGGAUCCAACGGUGAAAGUAUGAAGAAAGUUUAUGGAAGAUUCUGCAGUCGCCACAAUGAAGCUGUCAACUUUUACAAGGACCUCCUGACCAAAGACAGACGCUUCAAAGCCUUCAUCAAAAAAAAGAUGAGUAGCAGCAUUGUGCGGAGGCUUGGUAUCCCUGAAUGUAUUCUGCUUGUGACCCAGAGGAUAACAAAGUACCCUGUGCUGAUACAGAGGAUGCUGCAGCACACUAAAGAGAGCGAGGAAGACUACGAUGACUUGACGGAGGCAGUUCGGUUAGUAAAGGAGGUGAUUGCAGCGGUCGAUAGCAAGGUGAACGAGCAUGAGAAGAGGCGGCGUUUGAAGGACUUCCACAGCCGCAUGGACACCAAGUCCAUCAUGAUGAUGAAAGGCGGUCAGAUUUUUGCCAGGGAGGACCUGCUGAAGAGGAAGCUGAUCCAUGACGGAGGUCUGCAGCUGAAGAACAUCCAGGGGAGGCUAAAGGAGGUCCAUGCUUUGCUCCUAUCAGAUGUCUUGGUAUUCCUCCAAGAGAAAGACCAGAAAUAUGUCUUUGCCAUGCUGGACCAGCGCUCCACAGUCAUCUCCCUCCAGAAGCUGAUUGUCAGGGAGGUGGCCAACAAAGAGCGCGGCCUCUUCCUCAUCACGGCAGGCAUGGAAAAGCCGGAGAUGAUGGAGGUUCUGGCCAGCUCGAAGGAUGAACGCAACACCUGGAUGCAGUUCAUCCAGGAAGCCAUGCAGUCCAUGGAGAAGGAUGAAGAUGAAGGUAUUCCCAGUGAGACAGAAGAUGACAAGAGACAAUUAGAGACCAAAGCCAAAGAGAUGAGAGAUAUGCUGAGGCAGAAGGAUACUGAGAUCAUGUCUCUCCUAGAGGAGAAAGUGCGGCUCUUUAGGGGGAUGUGGGAAGGGUUGAACCCAGGCGAAGAGGCCUGCCGGCAGAUUGAACCUUUCUUCAGGUCAGCCUGCAGCCAGGAGCCGCCCCGGGGGGCAUCCAUCAUGAAAGAUGCCCUGCAGGAAGUGGAAACGUUACAGGCACUGGUGAACAGCAGUCUGGGAGGAGCGAUGGCCAGCGUACAUGAAGGAGGAGGCGCCGGACCAGUGUGUUUGCCCCGUCGGGCCGAGACCUUCGGAGGUUUUGACAGUCACCAGAUGCAUAGCAGUAAGAGUGGAGACAGAGAUGAGAGCGAGGACACGGCAGGAGAUCUGCGCAGGACAGAGUCCGACAGCGUUUUAAAGAAGGGAGGAAACGCCAACUUGCUGCAGCUCCUGAAGAGGAACAGUGAGCAGGUCCUCCACAGCGUCUCCCACCUGCAUCUCCUGCUCAGCACUCUGCAGGCGGUGGUGGUGCAGCAGGACAGUUACAUCGAGGAUCAGCGACAGGCCCUGAGUGAGCGCUCCUCUUGCGCGCUGUUAUCGCGGCAGUCCUCGCGGCCCAGCUCGCUGAUUGAACAGGAGAAGCAGCGCAGUCUGGAGAAGCAGCGGCAGGAGCUAGCAUCCCUGCAGAGACAACAGGCAGCUCAUGCUGAGGAGAAGAGGAGAAGGGAAAAGGAGUGGGAGCUUAGGGAGCAGCAGCUCUCUCACAGAGAGGCACUGGUGCACUUACAGGAGGAGGAGAUAACGAAGCUGCACAAGGCACUGGAUGAGGAGAAGCAGGAGCUGCAGAGUAAGAAGGAGGAGUACCAAAGAGACCUAGAAAGGCUGCGAGACGCACAGAGGAAGCUGGAGCGGGAGAGGGAGGCCAUGCGGCGGCAGCUCGACAAGAUGGAGGAGCUCCGUCUGUCUGAGAGAACUCCCUCCACAACAUCGGACGAGUCCCUGUUCCUCGGCAGUUCCCAGUCUCUGGAAUUGGACCCGCUGGAGCUCUCCUCAUCCUCCUCUUCCUCCCUGCCGAGGCUGCAGCCCCAAAGCUCCAAGCCCAAAGGGAAAGGCCUCAAUCCCUUCACCUCAUCUUCUGCUAACCUCAAGGGCAGUGAAGCCAACAACCAGAUUUCCAAGAGCUUCUUGCAGCUGGCCAAGAACAAGAAUAAAGACGGGAAGAAGAAGAAGAAGAGCAAAGGAGGGAGCGCGCAGACAGCAGGUAGAGAAUGAAACCCAGCACGUCGCAGAGCCUCCUAUGGAUGGAGAGAUCUUCUUCUGCUAAGAGAUGCAGUUUUCCUCCUCUUCAUCGUCAUGAACCCACCGUGUCACACGGACAGCCACAGAGGAGUGUGUUACCGCCUUCCUGCCACUUACUGCACAUACAGUGUGUAAUACUGCGGUGCACCACAGGGCUGUUCGGAAUCGUCUCGAAAAGGCUUUUAAUUCAGUUUCCACAUCAUAACAUAGAGCAGCUUAACAUUACACGCAAGAAGCUGAAAAUGGGAUUUUCUCAUGUUUUGAAGUGAAUCCCACUGCUUCCAGUUUGUGGGAGAGAAAAAAAGAAAAAGAAAGUAUUUUAGUCGAUUCUGUUAUGUUGUGUAUGUUGGGAUCCAUCCAUGUGCAGUUUUUGGUGUUUUCAGUCCAUAAAUUCAAUCUCCUUUUCCAAAGAAAUGAUUAGAAUCCAUCAUUUUCUGUAAUCAGAGCUCGUUGAAAGCUUCUUAGAGUAAAAUGGCUCUCAAGCUCGACCAAGUGUCUCGAUGUCCCCCAUCCCCAAAACACUCAAGUGGCAGCCGCAGCCGGCUGCUUUGUUAUUCACCAAAGCAAAGGCCUUUUUCCACACGAGGAUGCAGCCGAAUCCAAGUGCCGCUCACGCAGGCACGAACGUCGGCGGACUCCACGCAGCACCGGAAAGUCUUCGCUGCUAAUUACAUUUAUUAGCUGUUAAUUCAGGACUUAAACCACUGAAGGAAAUUUGUGUUGUCCUAGCAACAUUUCUUCUUGCUUCCAGUGUUUCACUCUGAGAUGCUGCUGCAGCUUUUCUGAAAAGCAGAUGCGAUAACAUCCACAGAAUCCGCCUCUAGUUUGAAACUCUUUAGAUGUGCACGUCUGUUUUUUAGACUCCACAGUAAUGAAAGGAUUUAGACACACACUCUUAUCUCUCUGUGUCUAAUGGUUCUGUUCACAUCCUUUUGGUGUGUUUUUAGAGCCUUGGAUGGAUAUUAGCUUGAUCCUCGCGUUAUCUGGCUGUCAAUGACCUUUUAUGGAGCCCUCAUCUUUCAUCUGAGAGGGUUUUCUUUCUUUUUUUUUCUUUUAAUUGCAUGUAACUGCAGUUAGCAUACUAAUAGUUUCUGUUCAACUUGCUCCUUGUUUCAGCUCUGAUUAUCUAAUCUGCAGACACACACACGGCUGAUGGUUUCAGAAAUGGAAGCUGGUGAUUUAGGGUUUAAAAAAAACACAAUAAAAACAUUUUUAUGAUCAUUUCAUAUUCAGCCCUCAUAAGUGUUGUUAAGCAAUUUGGUCCUAAACAUUGAUACUUGUUGUGAGAUAUUUUAUGCUUUUUUUGCUUUUAAAUCAAGGGUGACAAUGAUCCAAAGAGAGCUGACGUGUCCAGUUACAUAAAAGAAGCUGCAGUUCCGGUUUGUUUGUACAUGAGACGACAGAAGGAGCUGGUAGCUUUCUGGGAGUGCUUCCAGUGGGACUUCUCUUAAUGUUGAAAGCCUGUGUUUUAGACCCACUAAGCCCACACUUUGGGACACAUAACUACCUGCUGGACAGGUAAGAAGAAGAAAAAGAAAACUGUAAGACUAUUGAAGCUUAAAGAAAAAAAAGAAAAACUUUUUGCUGUAAAUGACCAACCAGCAUCACCGCACUGCUUCCUCGCUGCCUCUUUUGUCUGGUGUUGAAGUGCUUGUUUUUAACUCGCCGUCUGUGUGGAGGAUUUGACUUCAUGUCCAGGCUGGUUUGUUUUAGUGUGUCUUGUAAGAGGCUUAUGUGGCCUGCCAAUUAGUUGCUUCAUGUCUUUUGUUUAUGGCUUUGGUGUAAUCCUUUCAAAGAAGCAGAGAGGAAUGGACAAUUUUUUAUUUUUUUUUUCCCCUCAGUUGAUGUAGGUGUCCGUGUGUUUUGACCACAAGGGAGCACUGCACCUAUAACUACACAACCCCCUCCCUCCCACAACAACAAAAAUAAACUAUUUCUUCCCUUUUAUUUUUUUUAUAUAUGCACUCCCUGCUGAGAGAAAUUGGCAUAUUUUCCUCAGCAGGUCAUCUCUGCACAGAGAUAAUGUGAUGAGCGUGGGCUCUCGCACUCUGUGACAUUUUCCCCACGGCAUUUGUAAUUGACUGAAGAAACAAAUAAGUUGUCAGAUUGUAAUUGGUUAUUCAGCGAAAGCAGUCGGCGACAGCUUUAAUGUAGGGAGAGGAAGAGGGUUGGAAGGAGCGACCGGGCGGAACCACGAGCUUGUCUCCACUGGGGACAAUCAGCAGACGCGAGUCAGGAAAAUGAACUCCCUUCCCGAUGAUGAUAAGCCUGUCCAUGAGACGAGCGUGUCCAUCAGGUGAACCCUGCGUAGCCUUAAAUCGUAAUGAUACAAUGCACUAGAGUAGAACCCAGCGUAUUCUCAGGAGAGAGAGGAGAGCUUUUAUACCUCGGCUUUCAAUCGAAGGAAAUGUUUGUACUAAACAAAUGGUACACAGUCGUGUCACUCUCAACAAUGUAAAAUAAACAAAAAGGGCAAAAGUGUAAAUAUGAUUUAUGUAUAAAACAAAUCAAAUGUAAAAAAGAAAUUCUUUUGAUUUGUGAUUUAUUGCAGCAUUUUGUAAGAAGGUUUUAUUUAUGUAUUAUGCCCACCAGCAGGGUGGUGAGCAAUGUAAAGGCAUAUUUCUCUCACAAUAAAAAAAAAAUUAUAAUACACA